GCUACUGGUGCUAGUCUCUGGUAAAUAACAGAUUCGAAAAAUCAGCUGGUAAGACUAGGAAGGCAGGGUAAGGAAAUAAAUCCAUCAUGGCCGCCUUCCACACUGAAACCCCAUCCUCCUAAGUAAAGAAAUGGCGGGGAAGUUUCAGUUUCCGACUCAGUUUCCCCAUAGACAUAGACAUUAUUAGACAAUGAAGUGGAAGACUUCGUUGUCAAUGUUUCCCUGUGUCCCGAACGCUCCCGAACAAACUACGGAUGGCCAUUUCUGUGUCUAUGACUCAGUGUUGUACUGUUGUAUAAUAAGGUCAAUUGCAUUUUCUCCAGGACUUUGUUUACAGAUGAAUUGUGGUUUUGAGAUCCAACUCUUGUUUUUCAAUUACAUAUGGCUAUUUAUUGUAGGUGAGAGGUAGGCUAGUUCAUUGGCCAACUUGUCACCAUCCACUGUGAAGACAUUUCGUAGUCUGUGGUGAAGGAAUGCAAUCAAGUUGAUAUUACCGAACCACAAACUUUCCACAUGUCAACACCCUGCAUGGAAUAGAAAACGGUACUGCAACCCUACACAGACUCAUCAUAGAGCGACUAGUUUCACUGCAGGCAAGUUGCUAUAUGUAAUCCCGGAUUUAGAGCUGCUGAAGUCCACAUUUUGUUAUACGUUCUUGCGGUACGAGAGCAAAAAGUCACAAUUCAACUAGAAGAACCGACCUAGGACUCGUUGCCUUGCAUCGGUGGCUUCAUAACUUCAAACCCAUGAUGAAAACGAAAAAGCGGUUUGACAAGUCGGUUCAAAAGGGAAGUUGCAGCUUGGAGUCAUAUCAACACGCGUUUCACUGUACAUCAAUCACACAGACUCUAUACAACACUUCCUAAGUUAUAGUUCUUUUUUGUGGUUAUUUACUUUGUUGCUUUUAUUCAUGAACGUAACAACUUUAAACGUUAGUUAUAUCGCGUUGCCCGGCUGACACAAAUAUUCCGAGAGCAAUUUCUAAAUUGAAGUUUAAAUGUUGUACACGCGCCUUUGUGUAAUGUUUAGUAACAUCAUUUGGUUGGUGCAUUGUCUCAUGCAACUGAGAGACAAUGUAACUUUGAGUUGUUUUCCUCGAUUUGGAACCUUACAACACCCCAUAACGCAAAUGAUGUUUCAAUUUUUCAGGCCGACUCGCCGUCAUUUUACCAUUACUGCAAUCUUAGUGACGAAUUAGGUAUCGCCGCACUAAAAGACCAGCACGUAUCGACUUUCAAACUUUCAACAGGUACGUGAUGUCGUCAACCGAUCCAUACUUGGUGGAAAGAAUUCGAUGACUGGAUAUUUGCAUAUUCUAGUCGGUUAAAUAUAUUGUCGAAUUUUUAAUCAGCACCGUUCCGAUCUUAUCGCCCAAACUCCCAUUUGCUCUGCACUUGAGCACAACUGGCUCACCUUCAAAUGUUGUUGCUCUAUUGCUGAACGUUGUCUCAUGCGCUCCUCCAUUGGGCAAAUAUCCAACUUGAAAAGUGAGCAAUUUUUAGGGAAAUUUUCCGAUGGCAAACGUGUUUGUUGACACUUGUCGCCAAGUCUACACCGACAUUUGACCAAAGUGCUAUCAACCCUAAGUAAUUCAAGUUGUUGCAAAGAAAAUAACAAUAACAGAAGGAUACUGAUUGUCAAUCCACGGAGAUGCUGUCAAGAUGAAGAUCCCAUUUUUUUAUUUAUGGUGUGCCCUCCUAUUUUUAUUUUCACUUUACAUGUUAAAGCAGAUGAUCGCUAAUAGCCAGGGAAAAGUGCGACUUUCAGCAACUGAUUACAAUUGAAGACACGGGGAAUUUUACUUGGACCAAACGACGAGUUGAAUAAGAACAAAGUGAUUCUCCACCAUCACUCCGAAUGGAGAGGAUGAAGGUCAACAAGUUGAUUAGAAUUUCGCUCACGGUGAAGGUUGACAGACUAGAGAGAGCCAAAAUCCGCCACUCGGACGUGAAAAGACAGGAGGAGUACCGAGGGUCUUGGUGUCGUGUGAACGAGAAUCAACUUUGAGAUUUCAUUUGCUGAUUUCGUGUCGUCUCGUCUUUUUUUCCGUCUGUUUCAAAGGGCGAUGGCUGGAUUCAACUCCAUGCACACACACAUAAAGGGCGGCACUUGUUGACCUUGAACGCCUUCAAUCCGGCAAUAAAAAAGGAAGCUCAGCUCGAAAGGCAAUCACAAGCUUCGUCCAAGUUGGAACGUCAUAAUCGUUAGCAAGCAUCACGUUUUGUGCGAAUAAAGCUCGGCUCGAAAGUGAACCGCAAGUGUCGUCCAAGAUGAAACAUCACAACCCUCAGCUUGAAUCAAGGAGGACGUUGGGCAAUCAAAAAGGUUUCUCUACUUUCGUCUUGUUCGCGGUCGUGACUCUGCUGAGCUGCUUCAAUCCUCUCGCUAGUGUCUUCCUUCCCCGCGUCUCUCGCACAGACGACGCCAUCAUCAUCGAUUUUGCCGGUGUGGGAUAUGCCUCUUACGACAAGUCGAUGUCCGGCCAAAUUGUCAAUCCAGGAUUCGUCCCGUUGCCAUCGUUCAAUUCCCACCCAAUGGCGUAUCGCCAGCAGCAGCAGGACCCCAGUGGAUGGUCCUAUUCAUUCGGACAUCCUAGUCCGAUUGCACUUGAAGAUGUCCCGUCCGCUAGACAAGGAGGAGCGGCAACAGCAACGACGACAACAAGACCAACAACAACGAAGACGACGACAACAACAACAACAACAACAACGCCUGCGCCAGUCAUCCAGUGCGGCAAAGGGCCGACCGCCUUAUCCCAAUUGACUGGUGGAAGAGUCGUCGGAACAGACACGACCGUAGCCAAGGCGAAUGCCUGGCCGUUCUUGGUAAACCUGAGAAAAUAUAGUGAUACCCCUACACAGUUCCCAUUUUUCGUCGCUAAUUAUGUCGAAUUGUGUAGCGGGACUUUGAUUUCUGACACGAAAGUUCUCUCGGCGGCCAGUUGCUUGGAAAAAAUGUCUCUGCUUGAGAUGUCAGCCGUCACCGUAUUGGUUGGGAUAACCAGUCAUGGUGCGUCGUUCGUAACCGACGUGCAAAUGACGAGGAGGAUCAGCAAAGUUGUCCUUCACAGCCAAUACAAUGCCAUCACCUAUGCCAAUGACAUUGCCAUCAUUACACUGGACGUGCCAGUGGUUUUAUCCAGGACUGUUGGUCCUGUUUGUCUGGCACCGGCCAAUGAAGAAGUCGACCAAUACGUCGAUCAAUCCGCUGUUAUUGUGGGAUGGGCAACAGACGACACACAAUUUCCUAUGGAUACACUGAGCCAGGCCACGGUUUCGAUUUUGUCCAACUCCGAUUGCAAGGCCGAUGCGAAUUUUGGCAAAUAUGUGACGGACGCCAAUAUCUGUAUUACAUCUGAGGAUGAAAAAUACUUAUGCUCUGGUGACAUUGGCGGUCCAGUUCUCGUCCUUUCGUCGCCGGGAAUUUGGACUCAAAUCGGAAUCAACAGCUUCAUCAAAAGUGAUUGCGAUAGUAAUAGCCUCCAAACCAGAGUGUCGGCGUUCAGGGCGUGGAUUGAUCUGUACAAGAAAUAAAAAUGGACCACCAAGAAAAUCUAUGACGACCAACAUAUGAAACGGAACGAUAUUAUGAAAUUCAAACUCUAAUUAUUAAUUUUAAUUUCUCUCAAUUUGGUUUCAGCUGUCUGGUUUAAUAGCAUCAUGCUAUGUUAUUUAAUUUGCGGUACUGCAUUUUAGAACUCAACAUUUUUUAAAACAGCAUUUUAGUAAAAUUCUGAAUAAACAGUAGCCCCAGAUUAGCCCAAGCAAAUAAUAACUCGGAGCAGUGCGGUUCCCGCCCUCUAGAACAAGAAAUCAAUCAUACUUAAAAUUUUAGAAUAGUUAUCCAGCGUUCUCUUACCUACGUUCAAUAUCUUGUUUUGUAUACCAAGUUGCCAACACGUGUUUUUCCAA